GAUUACUUGAGUUCGUGAGGACUACUGUUUGGGUAGUCUCGUGGACUACUCCCGCUACUCCGUAUUUCUUGCGAGUCUUGCUUGAAAUUUUUGGCGGGCAACUCCAAGAAAUUCAAAAAAGCGAGCCUUAAGAGGUCCCAUCUCUCUCUCUCUCUCUCUCUCUCUCUCUCCAUGCUCUGCAAUCUGUCGAAGGUGAGAAAGAGACGAAUACGAGUCCGAAGGAGAAUGUGAUUUUCAUGUAAGAAGAGAAAGAACAGAUCUAGCAAAAUGGGGAAAACUUCGCCGAAGGAAUUGUUGGAAUUCAAGCGGAAGAGGCAAGUAAGGACUAAUUCAAGGAACAAUUACCUGAGGCCGGGUGCACUGGCCCAGCUGCGAUACAGCAGGGUUACCACCCGAUCAUCGUGCACGGACAUUGGCAAGAAAAGGGUUCUUGUGUUGGAUUCUGAGAAGGUGAAAGAUGACUUGCUACUUCAAUCCAAGGUCGCUGAUGUUGACCACAGCCCUUCAAUGCUGUCGCCAGAAAGGACCAGUUUCCGGCCAGCUGUAGAGCUGACAGAUGAGAUUAAGCAGCAGAAAUUGCCGGGAACGCCGAAGACGCCUCGAAGUACUGAUUGCGAAUUUGAGUCGAGGUUGGAGUCUCUUCCCAUCGACAUUCUGGUUAAGAUCAUGUGCCAUUUGCAUCACGAUCAGCUGAGUGCGGUUUUUCACGUUUCUAAGAGGAUUAGGAAGGCUGUCUUGCAUGCUAGGCAACUCCAUUUCAAUUACACAACUCCAGAUCGGUCACGGCAGGAGAUGUUGAGGACGAAGACUCCUCUUCCCACUGAACAUUGGCCGUUUGUAAGCAAAGGAGAUGGAAGGGGCAGCUGGGGCUCGAGCCCUCAUACUCCUAAAGCUCCUAAACACGGGCCUCGCCCUCCUUCACGUCUCAACAUAACGGAGAUGCGGCAGAUUGCAGCUGUUCUGUUUCAGGAAUCUGCAUUUCCUAAGAGGUGCAAGAUGCCGCCCGGCUUGCCAAAGCCUCCUUGCAAGUCGUUGGCUUCGAAUCGGGUUCUCUUCUAUGAAGAUGAGUUGUGCCAGGCAGUUGCGCAAAAUAAGCUUCGCUGAUUCCUUUGCUGGUCUCCUGCUUCUCCCCCCACAUAAUGUAAAUUCGUUUUCCUUCCAGGAUGCUAGCUUGUAGAGGAUGCAGUUUUGUAGUUGAGGAAUGGUACAGUCACUUGCAUGGGGAGACAUCGAAGAAGUGGAUUCCGGCAUUUGUGUCAAUGCGGGACGCCUGCAACCACAAUUCAGUCUAGUCCAUUGAUUAGGCGGGCCGCACUUGUAUGAGGAAAAUGGAAUGUUUGAAAGAAAAUCACCAAUGGACUAUAUCCAACUUACAUCUGAUGAGCAGACAUGGACCAACCUGCAGUUUGGAACAUUGUGUGUUCAAUACCACAUUUCCUGAUCACGGCCCGCAUCUUGUGCACAUGUGCAAUGUUGGCACUUAUGCCCUGCAAUUCUCUUCUUCAAUUUCACAAGUGAAUGGCUUUAGCAUUUCUCUUUAUAGUUUGAAAUGGUGCACUAGGCCAAUAUCAUAUUUCAGACCAAGGCGAUUAAGAGUUUUAGGCCACGUUUGGAUGCACUAUUGAAUUGAAAAGCAGGAGUUUAGUUCGAUGAAAGAUGAACAAACCAAAUUGUAAUUAUCUUCCUUAGCAUUUGCAUUGAGUACAUGGUUCUGAAUUGCAAUCACAUUACUUUAAAGCUGGACGUGAGAGGAACUCGAUUGCAAUUCGAGGCUGCUUCCUCAUAGCAAAUGCUUGGAGAUGUUGUAAUUUGGUUGUUUUCGCUUUACUCAAUUGAACUUCUUAUGAUUCAAUUCAACUUUGCAUCCAAACGUGACCUUAUAUAGUGAUUUGGUUAUCAUACUACUAUAUUUCAAGUUGGUUCCUUUGUAUAGUUCUAUUUAUAUUUAUUCUCAAUGGAAGGCUAUUGUCUA